GCCGUCGCGGCGUACGUUUGGUUGGACUCAAAGUGAAACAUGCGCAGACUUGCAGUCUGGUUUAAUGUCACAGUUAGUAAACCUGCUACCGGAGAUACGCAGUGACUUUAAUGAGAUAUUCACUGUAUUUCAGUACAGCGGCGUGGGUGUUUACUGAUGGGGGAUACAUAGGGGUCGGGGGGCAGCCUUCCCUCGGAGCUCUCGAAACAAGAUGAUAAAGAACUGGGGUGUCAUUGGUGGGAUAGCUGCUGCAGUUGCAGCUGGAGUAUACGUUUUGUGGGGUCCAAUUACAGAGAGAAAGAAGAGAAAGAGAGGUAUGGUUCCGGGUCUGUUAAACUUGGGGAAUACAUGCUUUCUGAACUCGUUGCUUCAGGGCUUAGCAGCAUGUCCGUCCUUCAUCAGGUGGCUGGAAAAGUUUUCCGGUUUGCCUUCAAUCCAAUCAGGCAAAGACAACCAGCUUUCCAUGACACUGCUUCAGCUUCUCCAAGCUCUGUCCAGUGAUGAGCCAGGUGAGGAAAACGUACUUGAUGCUGGGUGUCUCCUGGAUGUUCUCAGACUGUACAGAUGGCACAUCAGCUCAUUUGAAGAGCAGGAUGCACAUGAACUAUUUCAUGUCCUUACAUCUUCACUGGAGGAGGAGCGAGAUCGUCAGCCCAAAGUCACUCAUUUGUUUGACAUGCAGUCCCUUGAGAGUCUCCCUGAUCAAGAUGAGAAAAUGAUGACAUGCAGAAGUCGAGCUCCCCUUCAUCCAAUACCAAGUCCGUGGAAGUUUCAGCAUCCGUUUCAUGGACGGUUAACAAGUAAUAUGUUCUGCAAGCGCUGUGAACUACAGAGUCCAGUGCGGUAUGACUCAUUUGAUAGUCUUUCCUUGUCCAUCCCUUUACCUCAGUGGGGCCGGCCUAUCUCUCUAGACCAGUGUCUUCAGCACUUUAUCUCUUCAGAAACCAUCAAAGAAGUGGAGUGUGAAAACUGCACCAAGCUUCAACAAGCAACCACAAUUAAUGGUCAAGUUGUAGAAAGCCAAAGGACAACAUUUGUUAAACAGCUAAAACUGGGGAAGCUCCCCCAGUGCCUCUGCAUCCAUUUGCAAAGACUGACGUGGUCGAGUGAAGGAACCCCCAUCAAACGACAGGAGCACGUGCAGUUUGCAGAGUACCUAUCAAUGGAUCAUUACAAACACAACACUUCCACACAGAGGAGUCAGCGGCUCAAAUGUGCUGCAAAAUCCACAAAACCUGAAAAUGGAGAUGAUUCCUUAGAAAAACCCUCUGCCAAUGGCACUGACUCAGAGCAUCAUAACAACAACAAACCUUUUUCUAAUGGAACCUGUUCGUCUGUAUUUUUUCACACUCCUGGUGUGAACCCACAGUUCAGCCUCACCUAUGACUACAGUUCUACAGAGUAUCUUUUCCAGCUCAUGGCUGUGCUGGUUCACCACGGCGACAUGCACUCGGGACAUUUUGUCACCUACCGCCGCAGCCCGUCUUCAUCUCGCAGUUCUUCACUCUUCAGCUCCCAGUGGUUGUGGGUGUCAGACGACUCGGUGCGCAAAGCCAGCCUGCACGAGGUGCUGUCUUCCAACGGUUAUAUGCUCUUUUAUGAGAGAGUUCGAAGGCUCAGUUUCUCCCUGUCAUCAGAGGAAUAGCCAGAAGCUCACAUCCUAAUAGACGUCUGCCUUUCCAGUCAUACUAUCACACUUGAUGUGGCAGGGACAGCACGGUUACCAACAGGUGGCUUUGUGACUGAGACCAGAGAUUAAAGCUAUCCUAGAGUUGUCCUAGGUCAUAGUGUGCAUUGUGGACACUUUGCUUGCUGCUCUGAUCCAGAGAAAGGAGCCUUUUAAUCCCAAAGAUAAUAAAACUGCAGGAUUUUUUUUUUUCUUUUUUCAUCUUUUUUAUUGGUAAGCUACUUUUCUUUGAUGUGCAGCAAUUUAUGUAGUGCAACAUCUCAGCUUUUACCAGACAAAGAGGAACACCUGACAAACGAUGAUAGUUCACAACAUUAAAAACCGAUGGCAAGCAAAAUGAGUAACAGUUGUCGUCGUUGGUGCGAUGUUCUGCUGGAAAACCUUUGGGUCCUGGUAUCAUAUGGAUGUUACUUUGGUACAUACCACACCCCUAAAGAUCCUUACAUCUGGAACAAUGGCAAUGUGGCAAUGGCACUUGGUAGCAGCAGCCUCCUCCAGCAGCAUCUGUGCCCUGUCACACCAGAAAAAACUCCUUGAGGAACAAAGUAUACAUGUAUUUGUAAAUGGGUGAAUGUGGUUUGCUGUGUAAAGCACUUUGAGUGGUUGAUAGUAGAAAAACCCUAAAUAAAUGCAGUCCACUUCCUGUUUUCCCAGUUCCCAAAUUCCCCAAACCCUGAUCUGUUUGAGUGUCUGAGAAGCCUCAUCCUGCAACCAAGAGGAUUAAAAUGAGCUGCCACUUUCCAGGUGCCAAACACCACAGGACACACCGAGGUCCCUUGUCCGCACCGCUAUGGGUCAAAACGACGUAAACACCAAGAGAAACGCCUGCACGGAAUAUUAGGCGGGUGGUUUUAUUGUUGUGGCUUAUCAGUACAGUCUACCCCAAGGUAAUAGCCCCACAAAUCAUAGUUCGUGUUUGAGGCAUACAGUGUUUAGGCUGACACAGAUGAUGGCUAGACGUGUGGCUUCCGGUGUUUGAAUGCAGUAUAGGCUACUUCAAGGUGUUCCUGUUAUUUUGUCCAUUGCUUUCAAGUGGCUGAUUAGGACUUCUCAGUGAUUAGAUUUAGGAGCUGUUACAUGUUCUGAAAAGUCACAUAGGUAGAAUCCUUAACUCUGGUUCUCUGUCAGAUCUAAUUUGCCUAAUCGCUCCCAGCAGUGUAUGUAAAGCAUACUGGAAAUAAUGUUUCUAUUGACACGGUUGUUCAGUUGGAUAUUUUUGCAGUUUCCAGUGAACCUUACUCUGUCAUGAUUUGCAGAACUGCACGGUUGUGGUUUAAUUGCCAUGUUGUCUUUAAUGCUUGAUUUGUAAACACACGGAACCAUGAGUGCUGCCACUAAUGUGAACGGGACCCUUCCUCAAAAUGUGACGCAUCACAGCCAGUUGACAUGCUGUGGGUGUUAAAUAGAUUAAUAAGAGAUGUGUCCUCAGUUAACAAAGCUAAGGUUAUGACUGCAGGUUUCUGUAGAUAUCCUGUUUUUAAUUAUGUUUGUGUAACUUUUGACCAGUGCAGUUAAAAUGAGCAGUGAUCUGGUGCAAAAGUCCUUAAUAUUUGCAGUUUGCACUACUGUAUAUUCAUGUGAGAUUGUAUUUGUGUGCAGUCUGUAAGGUGAUUGUU